GAUAACCAAGACUGAGGGUAGCUAGUUAUCAUAACCGUCCAUUUGGCCGGCUCGCAUUUGUUGGAACAUCCCCCGGCCGCCUGUAGCCGUCGCGCACUGUCACUGCUAGCCGUCUCAGUGCCGGCGGGUCGCAGCCAUGCCGUCCUUAAUCGCGUCCGAGUCUGUCGGCCCCUCGGCCAAUCAGGUUGCCCAAACCGAUCCACAGGUACGGAAUCUGGAGGAGCCUAGCGGCGGGGCUCGGACCGAGCCUCCAGCUCGUGCAGCCGGGGCUGAACCGUCAGGUCCGGGAAUGGAAGGAUUAGGAGGGUCGAAAGAAGCAGAAAGAGUGGGAGCAGCGGUAACGGAAGAAGUAGGAGGACGAGAGGCAAUGGGCAGAGCGGAGGGGGCGGAAGGCGGAGACGGAGGUAGAGCGGAGGGAACGGAAGGGGCAGAAGUUGCGGAAGGAGCGGAAGGAGCGGCGGAAGGAGCGGACAGAGGGGAAGGGGCAGAAGGGACGGCAGCGACAGCGUUAGAUGCGGCUGAAACCGCGGAGGGAAUGGGGAGAGGCGGAGGAGAGACGGCAGAGACGCCGGAAGUCGUGGACUGGCCUCUGCUGCAGUUCGCCCAGCCCGCUCCCGCCUGCCGCGCGCUGAUCUGGCAGUGCUUCCGCGCUGAUGACGCGGAUGCUGACGUGGCGGCUGACGUGGCAGGCGGAAGCAACGGCGGGCGGGGAUGCGCGGAUGGGCGUGGCGCGGGCAGGAAGCGGAAGGCUGGAUGUGAGCGGGUGGUGCAGAGCCGAUGGCAAGUGGGGCCUUCUGGGAACUUUCUCAAGGGCGUGAAAUGGUCGCCAGAUGGCACAUGUCUACUGGCUGCCAGCGAGGACUGCUGCCUUCGCCUCUUUGACCUGCCUGCUGACAUCAUGCUGGCGUCAGCUCCUCCAUUAGACAUGGAAGAUGAGGCCACACUUCCCACGCGAGACUCUCUCACCCCUGCAGUGACUGUGAGGGAGGGAGAGACCAUCUACGACUUUGCUUGGUUCCCUGCCAUGUCAGCAGCUGAUCCCGUGUCAUGCGUGUUCGCGUCAACAUCAAGGGACCACCCGGUGCACCUGUGGGACGCCAUGACUGGCCAGCUGCGCUGCACGUACCGUGCGUACGACCACAUGGACGAGAUCGCUGCUGCUCUUUCACUCACCUUCUCUGCCCAUGGGGAUAAGCUAGUCCUGGGCUUUCCUCGCUGCCUGCGGGUGUUUGACACGAGCAUACCAGGGCGGGACUGUGAGCAGCACAGCACGGGGAAGAAGGGGCAGGGGCAGACAGGCCUCCUCUCGUCCCUCGCGAUCAACCCUUUUAUGCCGGGUCUACUAGCGGCGGGCUCCUAUGAUGGCAGUGUGGGGCUCUAUGGGGACUUGGGCAGAGAGCCCAUGGCAGUGAUGCACGGGCACAGAGGAGGGGUCACUCAGGUGCUCUUCUCUCGGGAUGGUAACUUCCUCUACUCUGGGGCACGGAAGGAUCCCACCAUUUACUGCUGGGAUGUGCGGAAUACAGCAGGCGCUGUUUACAGCAUGCAUCGGUGCGUGACGUCCACCAAUCAGCGCAUCGCGUUUGACAUCGACCCAUCCAACCGGCAUCUAGCCACAGGAGGAGAGGAUGGUCAGGUGUGGGUGUUUGACCUCGCGUCCGGUUCCAAGGUCGCAUCCUUCCAGGCUGCUCAAGAUACCGUCAAUGGAUUCUCCUUCCACCCCUGCCUGCCGCUAGCCGCCACGUCAUCAGGCAACCGCAGAUUCCACCUGCCGGCCCUCACACCUGGCAGCUCACCUGAAGUAGGCAGCGUUUCACCUGAAGCACCUUCCGUUUCACCUGAAACGGGUGUCCUUCCUCGUGAAUCUGCUUCUCUUUCGGGAGCUGGGAUUGUGACAAGUGUUCAUGAUGUAUCUACACCGCUGCACAAGUUCAAUAACUGCCUUGCCAUGUGGCAGUUCCAAUGCAAGUGGGCAUAAGGUGUGUAUCUCAGCAGGUUGCUCUGCAGCAGCACACUCAGUGUACAAUGAAUGACGGUUACGAUAUUGGUAAAGAAAAGGGAAGUGCACUACCAUUGCCUAAUUUAAGCUCCUAGAAAAAAAAAAAAAAAAGUGUGGACUUCCCACAGCGAAUUGCCACCGCUUGGUGCAAUAUGGAAGUGCGCUGAAAGUACGGUAAGUCUGGGUGAUUUUCACACGAGGUGGAUGGAAGUUGGAUGAAACCCACAAAUAAUGGCUCUCGAAACCAGAAGAUAAUGCAUUCGUGGCAGCCUAUUUAACGGCGCUUUCUCUGUUGAGGUAUGGCGCGGCGCAUUGUACCGUAUGCCUCCAUACUUGACGAAAGCAUU